GGUACACCAGCUAUGAGUGCUUCAAAGACUUUUUUACGGCAAGCUCGAAGCUUCAAGUCCGCGCGAGGUAUUUCAAAGGAUUUAUGGCGACCAAUUGCACCAAAAUGUCCAUCAUGCCGGUAUCUCUCCCAGAGCUCUCGUCGUCCAAAGGCCGAACCAGCAGAUGACCCCAAUUUCAUGUCUAUCGUAGACAACCCACCAAACUUAGUACGGGCAGGAAGGCGGCAUGGCCCGGGGCUUAUUGUUCUAGCUUUAAUCCCGAUCACUGCUUUUGCGCUCGGAACAUGGCAAGUCCAACGCCUAGACUGGAAGUCCAAAUUAAUAGCCAAAUUCGAAGACCGACUUGUACGAGAUCCGCUGCCUUUACCUCCACAUAUCGAUCCUACAGCCAUACACGACUUCGAUUACAGAAGGAUAUAUGCAACAGGACAUUUCAGGCAUGAUCAGGAGAUGCUUAUUGGGCCGCGGAUGCACGACGGGCAUGAUGGAUAUCUGGUUAUCACUCCAUUAGAAAGAGAAGGGGGCGGUACUACUGUCCUCGUGAAUCGAGGGUGGAUAGCUAAAAAAUUCAAGAAGCAGGCGGAUCGACCGGAUGGCUUGCCAAAGGGCGAGAUCACAGUUGAGGGAUUGCUGAGGGAGCCGUGGAAGAAGAAUAUGUUCACCCCGGACAACAGCCCUCAGACGAAGGAAUUCUAUUUCCCGGAUGUUGUUGAAAUGGCAAAUUUGACGGGAAGUCAGGCUGUCUGGGUUGAGGAAACAAUGGAUCCUGAUUUGUUGAAAGCUUGGGAAUGGGAGGCUCGAGGUAUUCCAAUUGGAAGAGCCGCUGAGGUCAAUCUCAGAAAUAAUCACACGCAGUAUAUCUUCACAUGGUAAGCAGCAUACCCAGCCCAUAAACACCUAUACAUGCAGUAAACCUAACGCCAUCGCCCAGGUACGCUCUCGCAGCAGCGACUUCCAUAAUGCUAUGGAUGGUCGUGAAGAAACCCCCUGCCGAUAUAGCCCGUCGUGUCAGACAAAACAAAGACUGGUCAUAAAGUCGUAAAGUCCUAGACGAUCCCCUCAAUCCUCGUCCGCCUCGUCAACUCUUUCAAGUCAACCUCCCUUCUUGAAUUUAGAAGGAGGUACCAUCCGUAGUUCUUGCAAAAGCUCUCGAGGCAAAUGUCUCUGAGCAAGCGAAAACGGCGUCGUUGUAGCAUUUGUCUGGCGUUGUCUAGCCAUGAGUGUAACAAUAUCACUUUCGUCAAUCGUCUUGCGGCCAGCGUGCUUAGCAUAGGCUCCCAAGUCGUCACUGACUUGCUCGAAA